AGUCGGCGGCUGGCCGUGUUCGCCGUCACAGUGGCGCCGAGAGGAGGUGGCAGAUCCACGGCAGAACGCGGCGACAGUGGGGCCAGCCGCUGCGCAACCAGUCACCAGCGCAGCAGCCGACCAGCUGCGCAACCAGCCACCAGCGGAGCAACCGACCAGCUGCGCAACCAGCCACCAGCGGAGCAACCGACCAGCUGUCAACCAACCACCAGCGGAGCAGCCGGCCAGCUGCGCAACCAGCCACCAGCGGAGCAGCCGACCAGCUGUCAACCAGCCACCAGCGGAGCAACCGACCGGCUGCGCAACCAGCCACCAGCGGAGCAGCCGACCAGCUGUCAACCAGCGGGGCGGUCAGACUGCGCGACUAAGGUCAACCAGUAGAUAAGUCAGACUGCGUAAGUCGAGACUAGCGCAGCUACGACAGUGCGCGGAAGCCGGACGGAGGACCAGCCUCACUGCGUGCUGAGGCCGGCUGGUGCUGGAACAGAGGAGCAGUUCCACCGCCGCUGGACUGACCGGCAGGCCCGGGCCGACUUCACCGACUACCGAGCCUAGGAGCAGUGAGCACUGCGAACACCAGAGCUGGCAGGAUGGCGCGUCUGGUGACCGAGCUGGACAUCCAGCAGUUCGCCAUGGACGGCGCCGUCUGCCUGAGACGCGUCUUCUCUGAGCGCUGGGUGGACGCCGUGCGACAGGGCAUCGAGGCCAACAAGGCGGCGCCCAGCCCCUGCGCUGAGUCACUCAAGGGUGUUGACAGCGAGGGCGCCUACUUCAACGACUACUGUAACUGGGAGAAGAUUCCCCAGUUUCGAGAGUAUAUCACGGAGUCGCCGGCAGCUGAGAUCGCCGGCAGACUGAUGGAGUCCCAGGUAUCAGCAAUCUACCACGAGCACGUGCUGACGAAGGAGCCGGGCACGGUCAAAUUGACGCCGUGGCACCACGACCAGAGUUACUACCCCAUCGACGGCACAAAGGUGUGCAGUAUCUGGAUGCCGGUGGACCCGGUGCCUCUGGAGGCGGCCAUCCAGUUUGUGCGCGGCUCGCACCUUUGGAGUUCGUGGUUCUACCCGCGGAAAUUCGCCACUGGCCGGCGCUACCCGCCGCUCUCGGAGAGACCGGACGCCGCCGCGGGGGAAGGCGGUGCCGAAAGGGUGUACGAAGACGUGCCUGAGGAGGAUAUCGAGGCCGGCAAGCACGAGCUGCUCAGCUGGGCUGUCGAGCCGGGCGACUGUAUAGUGUUCCACAUGAAGACGGUGCACGGUGCGCCCGGUAACACCUCGGUGACGACACACAGACGCGUCCUCUCCACUAGGUGGUUCGGCGAUGAUGCCGUGGUGGCCAGUCGGCCCUGGGACGUGUCACCGCCUCUGAUGGCGCCGCUGCGGCCCGGCGACCGCGCCGCCUCCGAGCACUUCCCUGUCCUCUGGCGGCGGGACCAGCAACCAGAGGUUUCGUUCAAGACCGGCAGUGUCGCCGAGGUCAUCAAAGCAGCCCGCAACUUCCAGCUCUGAGCGUUAUUGCCGUUCAAGAAAAAUGUUUUGCAAAAAUAUAGGAGGGCAUAAUCCAGGCAAUUAUGUUGUUUAUUCCAAUGAAUUGGCUAUCGUUUUGCUAGCAACUGGCCGGAGCUUAGCUAUUGUUACUUAGGAUGCCUUCCGACCGAUGUUGAAACUCAUGGCUCCAAUCAGAGUCGAGCGCCUCGAGCGGUACCUUUAUAUGUAUGGUAUAUUGUGUGUAGGGUUAAGAUAACUCAACUAUGCAUGACUGUCUGGUGCUGAGAUGUUCAACUGCCAUCGUUGCAUUGGGGGUUUGGCCUUCGGCGGACACAAGUUUUGUAAGUGGUCUCGAAACUCCCUGGUAUCUUGGGUUGAAAAGAACACCUUUGUUUAAAAGUGGAUUGAUUUAUCUAUCGGUACCUUAUUUGAACUGCGACAGAAUAUAACAUAUCAAUGACAUGCAUAUGUACUGGUCCACUCAAUAACUGUGCAUAACAGCUAUUGCCGAUCGCUGCAUUUACGUUCUAACACGUAUCGCAUGCCUCGUAUAAAUAUGUAAUAACAUGCCGGUCAUGGCAGUAACUUUAAAUGAGUUUAGAAUAAAACAUUCACGUUUCCUGCCAUGCUAUUGACAAUUUCAUUGUGUAUCUAUUUCCUGUUUUAUAUAAUACGUUGAUAAACGUUGGUACGUACUACGUGGAACGAUGAGGGA